AUGGCAGAAAAUGCCACCAGGGUGACAGAAUUUAUCCUGAUGGGGUUCCAGCUCCAAGCAUCCCUGCAGAUGAGUUUCUUCUUUGUGUUUCUGGUCUUUUAUCUGAUCACCAUUGGGGGAAAUCUAGGCAUGAUCAUACUAAUUCAGAGCGACCCUCGGCUCCAGACACCCAUGUACUUCUUCCUCAGCCACCUUUCCUUUUUGGAUAUUUGCUAUUCUUCUGUCAUUGUCCCUCAGUUGCUUGUGACCUUGGGGACGGAUAAGACUGUCAUCACCUAUGGACGUUGUGCCGCCCAGUUCUUCUUUUUCACCCUCUGUGCUAGCACGGAAUGUUUCCUUUUGGCUGUGAUGGCCUAUGACCGCUACGUGGCUGUGUGUAACCCUCUCCUCUAUGCCAUGGCGAUGACCCCACAGGCUCGUCUGGGGCUGGUGAUGGCAGCGUAUGGUGGUGCCAUGGUGAAUACUGUGAUCCGCACAGGGUGUACCUUCUCCAUCUCCUUUUGUAAGUCCAACCAAGUCGACUUCUUCUUCUGUGACCUGCCACCAUUGUUGAAGCUUGUCUGUAGUGAGACAAGGCUCCAGGAACAGGUCAUCUUCCUCUUUGCUUUUCUGGUCAUCACAACCAGCAUUCUGAUCAUUCUUAUGUCGUAUCUAUUCAUCAUUCGGGCGAUUCUGAAGAUCCGGACGGCAGGCGGCAAAGCCAAGACCUUCUCGACCUGUGCUUCUCACAUGACUGCAGUGGCCCUUUUCUUUGGAACACUCAUGUUUAUGUAUCUGAAAAGUAACAUGGGAAAAUCUCUCUGGGAAGACAAGAUUGUGUCUGUAUUUUAUACUGUGAUCAUUCCCAUGCUAAACCCGAUGAUCUACAGCCUGAGGAACAAGGAAGUGAAGGCAGCUCUGAAGAAAGUUACUCAAAGAAUGAAAGUAGCCCAAGCAGACUAA